UACAGGCCGAAGGACUUCGAUUUGUCCGCCACACAUCGGGCGUAACCCUUCCAUCCGUCCUUUCCCUCACGCCACCCUCGUGCUCAGAAAAAUAUCGAGUUCUUUUAGACGUUUGAGGGCGACCGUUGGGCAUCCUCCCACCUCAUCUCUCAAUACUCCACUCUUCGAAGAUCCAAUCCCUCGUCCUCUCUCUCUGUCGGUUCUCUCCUCGCAAGGAAAAAUGUCUGAGCACCUGGAGAAUAAAGUUGAAAACGUCUUGAACAGCAUAGUGGAAAGCAUUGCCGACAAUGUGUCAAAGCAAAAAUCUGUGAGAUUUUCAGAACAGCAAAAUGCAGUCACCACCCAAAUGAAUAAACUAUUUGGACGUCAGAAGUCUGUUCAUAACAUUUUGGGUGGUGGAAAAUCUGCUGAUGUGUUGUUAUGGAGGAACAAGAAGAUAUCAUCAAGCGUCCUGACUGGUGCAACAGCUAUCUGGGUUCUCUUCGAAUGGCUUAAUUAUCACUUUUUAACUCUCUUAUGCCUUGCACUUGUUAUUGGAAUGCUUAUUCAGUUUCUCUGGUCCAAUGCUUCAGGCAUGUUAAGCAGGUCUCCAUCUGAAGUACCUCGCCUCGUUUUGCCUGACGAACUGUUUACGAACAUUGCUGUUUCUAUUUGUGCCCAAAUCAAUCAAUUGUUGGGAUUCAUUCAAGAUGUUGCAUGUGGAAAAAACUUGAAAAAUUUUCUCAUGGUUGUUGGAAGCUUGUGGGCUGCUGCUGUGAUAGGGAGCUGGUGCAAUUUCCUGACUCUGUUUUAUAUUGGAUUUGUUUGUGCUCACACUCUGCCGGUGCUUUAUGAGAAAUAUGAAGACCAAGUUGAUGAUCUUGUGUGCAAUCUUAUUGGGCAGCUGCAGAGUCAAUUCAGCAAGCUCGAUAAGAGUGUUCUGAGCAAAGUACCGAAGGGAAAUAUCAAGUUAAAGAAGAAUGAGUAGACUAGUCAUUCUUGCUUGCUGGUUGAUGUGAUUGUAUAGUCUGAAUGCCAUUUUCUUGUUGAAAUGAGGAUUGAACUUUCUGUUUCUGCAGUGUGAAUAUUUUUAAGAAUUCUUGUGCACGUUCAUUCUCUGUCAUAUUUUUAACUUUCAAGAUCACCCAUGCCUACCAUUGAA